GGCGCGUUAUCAUGUGAUAAACCUGCAGUUUGUCAUAGUUGUACCGUAAACAAUCCAGGCUUUGUUGUCAGUGGACCUUCACAUGACUGUUAAAUGUUUAAUUAAUUUUGCUGACGCGUUACCUCAAGGUUUACAGCUUGGUAAACCGAAAUAAACAUUUUUAUUCUUAACCUUCGUGGGGCUGACACGACAGCAGAGAAGACGGGCGGCAAAACAACCCGAUUUUUAAAAUCAUGGAAGUCGGACCAAAGCUGUUAUUUUUGCUAGCUGUAACUACUAAUCUGGACUCAACAUCGUCCAAAUCGAUCGUUCAAGAUGCCAACAGUUUUCAUCUCCCACCAUUACAGCGCUUUCCGCGUCCACAAUACGACCGCAACAUAUACCAGGACAACAACGAUAUCACCUAUGAAACGCUCUAUUUUGAGCAAACGCUCGAUCAUUUCAAUUUUCUUGGCGGAGACAAAAAAUUUUGGCAGCGAUAUUUAGUUAACAAACAAUAUUGGAAAGAAGGAGGACCAAUCUUUUUUUAUACUGGCAAUGAGGGUGCAAUUGAUUGGUUCUGUAAUAACACAGGAUUUAUGUGGGACAUUGCUCCAGAAUUUGGUGCCAUGUUGGUUUUUGCUGAGCAUCGAUACUAUGGGCAAUCUUUACCAUUUGGAAAAGACUCCUACAAGGAUGCAACCCAUCUGGGCUACCUGACAUCGGAGCAGGCUUUGGCUGACUUUGCUACUUUGAUUGACAAUAUGAAGGCAACCAUGCCUGGUGCAGCAAAUAGUCCAGUGGUUGCCUUUGGAGGAUCUUAUGGAGGUAUGCUGGCUGCCUGGUUUAGAAUGAAGUACCCCAGCAGUGUUGUAGGGGCUAUUUCUGCAUCUGCCCCUAUACUUGCAUUCACUGGGAUGAAUAAAUGCGAGACAUUUUACGACAUUGUUUCACAAGAUUUCUACAAAGCGGGUGGCACAUCUUGUACAUCACUGAUACGCAAAUCUUGGGACAUUAUCGCACAGUAUGGACAGUCCGCUGGUGGUCGUGGAUGGCUAAAUUCCAUUUUUAAACUGUGCCAUCCUCUUGAGCAAGCUUCGGAUACAACUCGCCUCAGCACAUGGCUGUCAUCUGUUUGGUCAAAUCUGGCCAUGGUUGACUACCCAUAUCCUGCUGCCUUCUUGGAACCACUUCCAGCAUGGCCAAUCAAGGUGGUCUGCUCGCAUCUUCAAAACCCAGAAGUAGCUGGUGUUGAUCUUCUCAAGAGCAUAUCUGCAGCAGUUAAUGUAUAUGUGAACUAUACUGGUGAAGCGACGUGCUUUAACACGGAAAGACAGGCAGAAAAAUCACUCGGUGACCGGGGUUGGGAUUUCCAGGCAUGCACAGAGCAAGUAAUGCCACUCUGCACCGGUGGAGAACACAAUAUCUUCCCAGACUGGCAGUGGAAUUUUGAUGCGUACGCAAAGCAGUGUUACAGCCAAUGGGGUGUCACAACCAGAGCCUACUGGGUUGAAAGUGAAUAUGGAGGCAAGAACUUGAAAGCAGCAUCAAACAUUGUAUUCAGCAACGGCAAUUUGGACCCAUGGUCUGGACUUGGUGUCCUUGAAAAGCCUUCGCCAAGUGUUGUGACAGUAAUGAUAGACCAAGGUGCCCACCAUUUAGAUUUGCGCAGAAGGAAUCCCAACGACCCUGAAUCAGUCAUCAAGGCCCGCGAGAUCGAGAAAGCAAAUAUCAAGCUUUGGAUAGCACAAAAGCAACUGAACUAAUUUAUUUUUUAUCUCAGUAUUAUUUACUAAUUUCAAUUAUAAAAAUUCAAUCGA